AUAGACAAGACAAAGACUAAGCUGGCGGAGUCAAGUUAAACAUUUUAGUCCUACGUAGUAUAUAAAUAAACACAAAUCGAUCAGUAGUGUUAGUGUUUCAGUUUGUUUCUUCAAUUAAUUGUCCAUAUAAUUUUCUCUAUAUAUUUGUCUUUCGUGUAUCGACCAAGAAUGGUAGUGGAUCAUCAUCAUCAGGUGAGUGAAGAUGAGAUGGCCAAGUACGAAGAAGCCUUCAAAAUCAUUGACAAAGAUGGAAACGGUUGGUUAGUUUAAUUAGUCCUCCAAAACUCGAUCUAGAAGUUUUUAUUUACAAUAGACCCUCUAGACUGAAAUCUCAAGUCUUAGCACGUAUCAAAGUCAACGAUCCAUAGUUAUGGACUUAUGGUGUAGGCCUCUAUAAAAAAAAGAUCACACGGUUAUAAAAAAUGACGUUGAUGAACCGACGAAAAAACGAACGACAGCACGACCUCCACAAAGAGCUCGAUCAUGAGGAGAGCAGAGGAGAGGAGUGCGUUGAAGUAUCUCUAGAAACUCUUUCUCUAGGCCCUAAAACAAGAUUGCUCAUACCAAGCUCAUAACAAGGCCCUAAGUCCAGGUUUAGAAAUCACUCCCAAAAGACCAGCCAAUUAGGAGGAGGGACACCUAGCUUAUAAGACACCAACCAGUUAAUCCCAUAAUUGACCGGCGUGGGAUCAAUUCAUGUAAGGUAAAUACAGAAGAGCUGGAAAAAGCAAUGAGAUCAUUGGGACAGAGCUUGACGGAAGCAGAGGUGAAGGAAAUGAUCAAUAAAGUGGAUAAAAACGGGAGCGGGACGGUAGAUAUAGCUGAGUACCGUGCGCUAAUAUGUAAGCGAUUGAAGGAUAAGGAUAAAGAAGCAGAAGCGGAGCUGGAGGAGGCGUUCAAGGUUUUCGACAAGGACGGGAGCGGCCACAUCUCUGCCGCCGAGAUCCGGGAAGUGAUGCCAAAGCUCAACGUGAAGUUGAGUAACAAAGAGGUGGAUGAGAUGAUAGAGAAGGCCGAUAUUGACAAGAAUGGGUUCAUUAAUUAUGAAGAGUUUGUCAAGAUCCUCAUGUCCAAAAGGCAAAAGAGGAUCGCGGAAGGCAAAAAAGACGACUAUGGACAGGGAGAGUGCACAUGCGAUUGUCUCCGUAGGUGUGCAAUUUUGUAAUUUUGUUUGCAUAUGUAAAUAAGCAUUUGGGCAUCUGUAUUUACUCUAUUGUAUGGGUACACAAACAAUACCUCAAGAUUUAAUGAUGUGCGCUGGAUUGGAUUUCUGAUGCACAUGAGUACAAGAUUUA